AUGGAAACGAAUCAUCCAACGGCCACAUCGUCUUCUGGAGUAACAGAUGAUAUCACUAGAGUAGAAACAAAUGACAAACAUAGUCCAGGGAAGGACGAUAAUGCUGGUAGUAAUGUUAAAUCAUUAUUGAAUUCUGAUCCUGCAUCAGCUGAAUCCAUGCCAGCUAAAUAUCAAGUGACUUUAAGAUCACAGAUUAUGGAAGAAUUCGGAAUUAACCCUGAGAGUGUAGCAGAUAAAGAUAAUAUAGAUUCAGAUGCAUUUAAUACCCUUGUACAGAUACGACUCAUUAAAGAGAGGAAAAUGAUUGAGACUACUAGGAAAAAUAAUUUAACAAUGUUAAGUGAUUUAGUAGAUAAAUGUAUUGCAAGCGAUAAAUUUGAUGAAGCGAAUAUUAAUAAAUUAUUAGAUAUUAUUAUAGAGAAAAGGAUCACAAGUUCAUCUGUAAGAUCAAGACAAGAAUCAUUAAUGUCACCAAUGGUAAAGAAAAGAAGAAUACAAUCCCCACAUAUGUCAGCUACGAAACAAAACACCGAAUAUCGUGGACCAAAUUCAGAUUUACAUGCUAUUAAUGAAACAGAUGUUGGACAAUCCGAAACUGAACAAUUUCAAUCUGUAGCGCAAUCAUAUAAAUUACCUGUACCACCACAAACUGCAUUACAUCAACAAAACACUGGAAAUGCCGCUGGUGGUAAUGUAUGGGCGUCUCAGUAUCAAAAUCCUGCAUUACAACCACCUUAUAUGUAUCAAACAGGUGCUACCGGAAAUAUGCAAGGAAACUUAGGACCUCCUGCACAUUUAAUAAAUGAUCCAUAUUAUCAACAGCAAAGUAUGAUGACUUCGGGAUACGAUCCUCAAAUGGCCAAACAAUAUUUGGAACCACCACAAUUCGUACAGAACUAUCUGCAAAAUGGUUAUUACCAACCUAAUGGUAGAGUAAUGGCCGGUAUGAAUGAACAUGCAUAUCAGGGAAUGCCACAGAGUCAUGCCACAUCUAUGGGCCAACAGCAUUCACCUUAUAGAGGCAACGUAGCGAGUGUGUCUGGCCCACCUGGGCGGAAAGGUCAUAGGAGGACUCAAAGUGCAAUUGUCUCUAUGCCAAAUGAACUGAAGUCCCCUAGUCGUAGUGCACCUCAAAGACCAGUGAAUUUCUUAAUACAUACACCAAAGCAUCCUCCACCAACGUAG